UUCUGCCCAACUCACGCCGUAAAGGAAAAAUAGAAGCCGUAGAUUACUUUUAAAGCGGAGCAGCAAAGUAUUGCUGUUUGUCAUUGCUUGGGGAGCCUGUUUUAGCACAAGAAGGCCGUUUUGCGGAAGACUCCUGAGGCGUCACCUGUUAAUGACAAAAAGUGAUAAGCUCUUUCAGUGAAGCAGAGGGUCAUUGAAGACCAUCCAUAAUGACGGAUCAGAAAUCCGCCAAGUCUGGAAAGGAGAGAGACUCAAGUUUCUCAGACACCAGUUCUGGGUACCUGAGUGCUGUGGACCUGACAGACUCUGAGGACAAUGGGAGGAUGACUGGGCUAGUUGCCCAGGAUCCUCAGAGCGGCUCCAAGGGGGUAGUAAUGGAAGGAUGUCAUCCAGGACUGUCCCCUAUGCUCUUAAUGAACAACAUCAUCCUGAAUCAGCCUAGCCCAGUGACUCAAUCGCUAAAGAAUUGGGGCUACUCCUCACCUCUGGAGAUAGUUCCUCAGUCCCAGGUAGUCCUGCUACAGCCCAUGGUAAACAACAGCAAUAACAGUUCUCCAACCAGUGCCUCUGACAACUACAGACAAUCAAAGAACUACCUGCCUAUCCUCAAAUCCUACCCCAAAAUAGCCCCUCAUCCAGAAGAGAAAUCGUCCAGGAGGCAUGGGGCAUCUCUGGAGAGGGGCAGGUCCACACCAGAGUAUGGGAGGCGUCACAGGAGGGAUCACAGUGGCCUGAAGUUACACGGCUCCCCCAGUGUCCUACCUGGACCACCCACACCCCUCAAAUGCGUCUCUACUUUGGAGACUUCAGAUGGCCACUGCGAGGCUGUCAACAGCCAGGAGAGAUGUGUGUCUCAGCCUCUAGACAGGCCUCUGUCACUGCACUCUGAGGCCAGCACGGGGUUCUCAGAUUCCGCAACUCUGUCAGAGGCGGGUAGUUACAAGGGUGAAAGCUGCCAAGAUGCCCCCCCUGUGGGUAAAAGCAAACGGACUCGCUUCUGCAGCACCUACAACAUCCUCAACAAGUCUGGCCUUCUGGGGAUCACACUGCGCACCAAAGAACUUAUCAAGAAGAACCAACGCACCCAGCGAAAGCUGCACCAGCUUCGGGAGCAGACCUCCCUGCUGGUGGAGGCCCUGACUGGUGGAGACCCCCAGGUCUGCUCCAGACUGCUUCUGGCCCUGCAGGAACCUGACUCAGAUCUAGAGGACAUGCAGGACCAAGGGCAGGAGACACAGGGCGUCCUAACAUAGGACACGAGGACAGUGUGACAUGCGUACAAGCACUACGGUGUUCCAGACCCUUUGCUACAUUCAUGGUUUGUUAAUAGUGUUUAUCAACGCUAUUUCAAACUAGUGAAUGCCACUUAGAAAGGGCUAUGGCUUCAAAAUACAUGGGUUAGUGCUAAAAAUACAACUCAUACAAGACAUAGCACAGAUAAUCAUCUACAGUCUUUCAACCAAAUGACGAGGGUUGUGGUGAGUUGGUCUUUUAAUAACAAAACAACUAAGAUUGACUGUUUUUGCGUGUUUUGGCAGCACAGGAGUGCUUUCUCGUUCUAUUUACUCGAUAAAAAUUAAGAAUAAUAUAUAACUAAUAUUUUUGUUGAUUAUUGUGUAGCUUCAGAAAAUUGGUAGCAUAAUAAUUUUAAUAUGUUACAUUAUAUCUCAUAUAAGGUAGAGGGUUACCAAUGGUUGCCAGGAACUGUACAUAAUGCCCAGUACGUUAUUAAACCCUCAGCGAGAACAAGAAGCCUAUUUAAAAUGUGUUACUGUACUUGCAGCUUAGACACAAACAACGUCUGUUAUUUAUUGUCAUUUUCAGUCUUAAACUUGCCUGUUAUGCUAUGUAGGAGAUACACAUUUGUUAACAUUAUAUGAGCAUGUUCUUGAAUGCAAUCAAGCGGUGUUAUUAGCAAGACAUUAAGUUAGCAACUGGGAAAUGCUAUAAAUUGGGCUGGUGAUAUUUAAGUUAUUAUUAACUUACUUAAUUAAUUAAGUAUUCAAUCUGCUAUCAGUCCUUGUUUUUCAGUGUGAAAGGCAAAUGUGUUUGUGUUGAAAUUGAUGUCCUAUUAAGACAUUUUAUUUUCUAUUGUUCCUAAUAGACAUACAGAGACAGGUUGUUGUUUGCCAGGUCAUUUAUUGAAGUGCACUUUUGUAACUUUUUAAAUAACAAUGAUUUUCAUUGCUGUGUAUGCUUAUUAAAGAAAAUAAUCAGCUAAUGUUAA